CGGGCGGGGACACCGGGCGGGACUGGGACCGGGACCGGGACAACGGGACAGGACCGGGACCAGUACCGGGAUAACGGGACUGGGACCGGGAUAACGGGACCGGGACCGGGACCGGGACAACGCGACAGGACCGGGACCAGUACCGGGAUAACGGGACUGGGACCAGCACUGCGAUAAUGGGACAAGACCGGGACCAGUACUGGGAUAACGGGACAGGACUGGGACCAGUACUGAGAUAACGGACCAGUACCGGGAUAACGGGACAGGACUGGGACCAAUACCAGGAUAACGGGACCAGGACCAGCACUGGGAUAACAGGACAGGACUGGGACCAGUACCGGGAUAACAGGAGUGGGACUGGAGGGCCAGGACCAGCACUGGGAUAGCGGACCCCCAUGGCAGACGGUGACGAGCCCCCCCGCCGGGCCCCCGCUGACACCCACGGCCCGGGCACCCAGCCCUGCCGGCCCGUGCCGCGGGUCCACACCUUCGGAAAGGGGGGGCAGGCGCUGCGCAGGGACCCCCGUGCCCCCCCUGCCAUGCGGGGCUGGCUGCACAAGCAGGACAGCUCGGGGCUGCGGCUCUGGAAGCGCCGCUGGUUUGUGCUGGUCGAUCUCUGCCUCUACUACUACCGGGACAGCAGCGAGCAGCAAGUGCGGGGCGGCCUCCCCCUGCCCGGCUACGAGAUCCACGUCCUGCCCCCCGCCCCCCGAGCCCCCCGAUUCCUCUUCACGGCUGAGCACCCCGGGAUGCGAACGUACUGUCUGGGGGCCGAGACCCCUGAGGAGCUGAAUGCCUGGGUCUGCGCCCUGCGCCGGGGCGCAUCGCCCCUGCCCGGCUCCCCCCGCUCCGUCUCCCUGCAGAUGCCCCAGGAACCCCGGAGUCCCGGUGCCCCCUUGCCCCCGUUGCCUGCCCACCCGGGUGAGGACCUGGGGAGCCCCCCUACUCCCCCUCCUCGCCGCCCUCCAGUCCCUCCACUGCCCCCCAGCAAGGCGCCCCUACCCAAGGAAGAGGCCCCGUCCCGGGGGGUGCCCUGCGGGACAAAGGACACCCCGGGGGGACCGCGGGGGCCCCCCGUGGGCGCCGUUGCCGCCGCAGCAGGGAGGAGCCCGAGGGAGCUCCGCCCUCCUGGAGCAACGACCAACCAGCAGCUGCCCCCUCUAGCGGGCAGGGGGUCGGAUGAAGCGGAGCAGGACACCGCGGCCAAUCAGACACCGCUCUCUCCAACUGACUCUUCUCAUUGGCUGCUAGCAUCCGAGGGCUCGGGUGGGGCCCUGCCCUUCCCGGGCACCGCCCCCCCGCCGUCAGCCAAUGAGACCUCGGCCUGGCCGCGGGCGGGGGCGAGUGGGCGGGGUUCGGGGCUAGAAGGUGUGGCCGGCCGGGGGGCUCGACGGCCAAUCAGAAUCACCCUUCUCCAGGCCAGCUUCUGAGAGAAGGGCGGGGUCGGACUGAGGGGGGUGGGGUGGAAGGGAGAGAAGGGGCGGGGUUUUCCCUUAGCCACACCCCUCCACCCGCUA